GACAGUCGCCGAGUGAGAGAUAUAGAGAGAGAGGGAGAGAGAAAGAUGCCGGUGCACGACGAGCAAGAGCAUGAGGUGUACGGUGGAGAGAUCCCGGAAGAGGAAGAAGGAGAGAUGGAUACGGAGGAGUACGAAGAACACGGCGGAGAAGAAGGCGCCGCCGCCGGAGAUGAGGAGCUUGAACCUGGCUCUAGCUCUAGGGACUUAGAGGAUAUGAAGAAACGAAUUAAGGAGAUUGAGGAAGAAGCUGGAGCUUUGCGUGAAAUGCAAGCCAAAGCUGAGAAAGAUAUGGGUGCUGGUCAAGAUCCUUCAGGUGGUGUUAGUGCUGCUGAGAAGGAAGAAGUGGAUUCGCGUUCAAUAUAUGUCGGCAAUGUGGACUAUGCAUGUACUCCAGAGGAAGUCCAGCAGCAUUUUCAAUCCUGUGGGACAGUGAAUAGGGUUACGAUUCUGACAGAUAAGUUUGGUCAACCUAAAGGUUUUGCCUAUGUCGAAUUCGUGGAAGUAGAAGCUGUUCAGAAUUCUCUUAUUUUGAACGAGUCAGAACUUCAUGGUCGCCAGAUAAAGGUAUCUGCAAAGAGAACUAAUGUCCCCGGAAUGAGGCAAUUUCGAGGAAGGCGUCCCUUUAGACCAAUGAGGGGAUUCAUGCCCGGAGUUCCAUUUUAUCCUCCAUAUGCUUAUGGGAGAGUUCCCAGGUUCAGACGGCCGAUGCGCUACAGACCAAACCCUAACUUCGCAAACUUUGUUCAUCAACCAACGGCGUGUGAGAAAAAUAUGGGUUUAGACAACGAUCAGAAGAAAAAUAAGAAGAAGAGAAACAGAAACAAUGAGAAUGAGAAGAGUGUUGAGAAAGUAGUUACUAAUGAAGAGAAAGUCCCAACACAGCAGAAGCAGAAGCAGCAGCAACAAGGGAAUUGUAAUCAAAGCAAGAAGAAGAAGAAUCAAGAAGUUUAUCCCUUCGGAAAUUACAGAAACUACUAUGGCUACCGAAUAAGCCAUGAUACGGAUGAGGAUCCUCGGCUUAAAGUCUUGAAGAAGGAAUGGUUUGAGGGCAAAGACUGUCUUGACAUUGGUUGCAACAGCGGCAUUAUGACUAUCCAUAUUGCUAAAAAGUUUGGUUGCCGGAGCAUUCUUGGAGUUGACAUUGAUUCAAGUCGGAUUGAGGAUGCUCACUGGCAUCUUAGGAAGUUUGUCAGAAUGCAGAAUUCUGCUAAGCCUAGUGAAAAGAAAUCUAGUUCGGAGGGUGCUGAUGGAGUACAUGGAUCGAAAGAGCAAUCUGUUUCUCUCUCCAAUGGCGAGGCAAAGACAGAUAGCGCAGAAACUAAAGACCUGUCUCAGAUUGUGACUUUUCAGAAAGAGAAUUUUGUUCAAACCCGAAAUCUUGACGAGAAUCGUUAUGAUACAAUUCUAUGUUUGAGUGUGACAAAAUGGGUUCAUUUGAACUGGGGUGAUGAUGGUUUGAUCACCUUAUUUUCAAAAAUUUGGCGUCUUCUUCAACCGGGUGGUAUCUUUGUAAUGGAACCUCAGCCUUGGAAAUCUUAUGAAAACAAUCGUCGUGUCUCAGAGACAACUGCAAUGAAUUACCGAACGAUUGUUUUACGACCAGACCGUUUCCAAGAAAUUCUUCUUGAUAAGAUUGGUUUUAGAACAGUAGAAGAUCUUACAUCAAGCUUGUCCGGUGCAAGCAAAGGGUUUGAUAGACAGAUUCUUGCGUUCCAGAAAUGAACAUAACAACCAGAUGCCUCAUUGAAGAAGAAGGACAAGUUGUUGAUUUUUUUGAUUAGCCUUGUGAAAAUCAAAUUAUGACAUGGUU